AUGGGAAGUUCUGUAAACUCAAGUGAAUAUGGAUUCAGAAAUCCCCAAAAAUUAUCAACACUUGAAGAAUGCAGACGUAUCUGUAUGGACAACGAACCACCUCGAUAUUGCUAUUAUCACUUUGCUAUCGAGUAUUAUCACACGAUGGGCAGUCCUUGCUUUCCUUGCCGACAAAAUGGUACUGAUCUAUUGCUAAACAAACCAAACUGUCAAUGCAUUGAAGCUGAUGGUAAAAAGAGAACAAUUUUAUCAAUUAACAGAUUAUUACCAGGUCCAAGCAUUCAGUUAUGUGAGCGCGACAUAUUAAUAGUAGACGUAGAAAAUAAAGCUGAAGGACUUGAAAUGAGUAUGCAUUGGCAUGGACAAUUAUUAAAUGGAUAUCAAUAUUACGACGGUGUUCCAAUGGUUACACAGUGUCCAAUACUGGCUGGAAGUACAUUUAGGUAUCAAUUUCCUGUCAUCAAUCCUGGUACAUUUUUUUAUCACGCGCAUGUCUCAACGCAAAGAAUGGACGGUCAAUUUGGAAGUUUAAUUGUACGCCAAACGUCAAGUCAAGAUCCUCAUUGGUCUGAAUAUGAUGAAGAUCUUCCUACUCACAUAAUAAUUAUACACGAUUGGUUUCAUUAUUUGUCAAGUGAAGAGCAUCCAACAAUUUCCGAAGAUGCUCUACUACCACCUAAUAAUAUUUUGAUAAAUGGAAGAGGUCGCUUUCAGGAUUCAGAUGGAAAAGUAACAAAUGCAACUUUAGAAACAUUUUACGUCGAACCAGGAAAAAGAUACAGAUUCCGUCUUAUCAAUUCGAUUAGUUUGAGAUGUACCGCAAUGUUUACAAUAGAAGAACAUAAUGUUACCGUCAUUGCGCAAGAUUCUAUUCCAGUUUCUCCAGAACCAGUAACUUCUUUACAUUCAGCUGGAGGUGAAAGAGUAGACUUUAUCUUGACAGCGAAUCGAAAACCGGGUUCUUAUUGGAUUCAAGUGCGAGGAUUAAAUGAUUGUGCAGAGAAACAAAAUCAACAAUUGGCAAUUCUUUCCUAUUCAGGUGCUUCCAAAACACCACAAUCAACUAUGCCUACAUACAAAAAUUAUCUUCCCGAAGGAAAGGUUCAUAAUCCAAAGGAUGGCAAAUGUGAUGAAUUAAGAUCAAAUGCGAUCUGUGUUACUCAGCUUAAAAGUACAUAUCUUUUAGAUAAGAAACUGACUAAAGGCGAACCAGAUCAAAGAUUUAUUUUUCCUCUUGAUGUACAUGCAUUUGAUUAUGGAGAGAAAAAUCCUUACUACAGUACAAAUGAGUUUUAUAAAAAAUCCCCUUAUCCAACUUAUCCUAGAUCCGCAAUAGCGUCAAUAGAUGGUAUAUUAAAUGUAGUACCUAGUGAACUUUUAAUUACUAGUAAUAAAUACUCGAAAAUUACUUGCAAUCGAAAACAUAUUUCUACUAAUCAAUGUCCAGAUCCAUGUUAUUGUACCCAUCUUGUGGAUAUUAAAAAAGAUGCUAUCGUUGAAAUCAUUUUAUAUGAUAAAGCUGGUAUUGAAGGUGUUUUACAUCCAUUUCACUUACAUGGAUAUAAAUUUACGGUUUUAAAAAUUGGACAAGAAAGAACUCAAAAUUUAACUCUUCGUGAUGUAAAUUCGAUUUUGAAUGAGCAUAAAAGCAUUUUAAGUUCAACUGGCUACAGUCGUCAUACGCCAAUGAAAGACACUGUUAUUGUUUCAACAGCAGGAUACGUUAUAUUGCGUUUUAUUGCUGAUAAUCCGGGAUUUUGGAGUUUUCACUGUCACAUUGACUGGCAUAUGCUUGAAGGAAUGAAUAUGGUCCUGCACGUUGGUAACCGUGAAGAUCUUCCUCCAAUUCCAAAGAAUUUUCAUACGUGCGGAUCCUGGUUACCAGCUAUGUAA